UCUCUUUUACCCCACUCUUCAGCAGUAACCCACUACACCGAAUCUGAGAAACCAUCACAAACAGAGCUGCAAGAGAGUGGGAAAGAAUGGGCUGAGAAAUUGCGGAAGAACAACAAAGGCUUCUUGUGUAUUUGAGAAAACAUGAGACACUAAAAAGCCGGCCCCAAAUUAAAAAACCUCUUUGGUUUUGUUCGCUGUCGUCAAAACCCUUUUCUUAUUUGUUUCAAAGAGAAAAGUUGUGGUGUGCUUUGCAAUGGUGAUGUCGGACGAUGAAACAAACAGGCUAUUUAGGAUCCGAAAAACAGUCAUGCAAAUGCUUAAGGAUCGGGGUUAUUUGGUUGCAGACUUUGAGGUUGACAUGACCAAAGAACAGUUCAGAAGGAAAUACGGUGAGAGCAUGAAGAGGGAAGACCUUGUCAUCAACAAAACCAAGCGAACUGAUUCCUCUGAUCAGAUCUAUGUUUUCUUCCCUGAGGAACCAAAGGUUGGUGUUAAGACAAUGAAGACUUACACCAAUCGCAUGAAGUCGGAGAAUGUUUUCAGAGCAAUCUUGGUUGUUCAACAAAAUUUAACCCCCUUUGCGAGGACCUGUAUAAGUGAGAUAUCUUCAAAGUUCCACUUGGAGGUUUUCCAGGAGGCAGAGCUGAUGGUAAACAUUAAAGAGCAUGUUCUUGUUCCCGAGCAUCAGGUGCUUACAACUGAGGAGAAGAAAACUUUGCUGGAGAGGUACACCGUAAAAGAAACACAGCUGCCUCGUAUUCAAGUGACUGAUCCAAUUGCCAGAUAUUAUGGGCUGAAGCGUGGACAAGUUGUGAAGAUAAUCCGGCCAAGUGAAACUGCUGGCCGAUAUGUCACCUACCGAUAUGUUGUAUAAGUAUUUACAUUUUAGUGACUGCUUAGGAGAUUGUUUGAGCUGGACUUGAGUUGAAAGUGCUGUUGUGCUUGUCAAAAUUGUCAGGGGCCAGUUUUAAGGGAUUUUGUAGUGGGGGUUUCAAGACAACUAUGUUAUGAAAAUAUUUAGGCAAAAAUGCAAAACUGACCCUCUAA